GCCGUCAGCAGGCCGCUGGACCCCCCAACCGGAGCCCCGCUGCGCCUCAAGGACCUGGCGGGGGUCUUCUUCAUGGUCGCCCUGAACGUCCUGGCGCUCCUCGCCAACACGGCCGUGAUCGUGGUCAUCCUCAAAGCCCCCCACCUGCGCAAGUUCGCCUUCGUGUGCCACCUGUGCGUGGUGGACCUGCUGUCCGGCGGGCUGCUCAUGCCCCUGGGCAUCAUGUGCAGCUCGCCCUACUUCGCCGGCCUGGUGUUCACCGUGCCGGAGUGCCAGACGUACGUCUUCCUCAACGUCUUCCUCAUGGCCGCCUCCAUCUUCACCGUCACCGCCAUCAGCGUGGAGCGCUACUACUACAUCGUGCACCCCAUGCGCUACGAGCUCAAGAUGACCUGCAAGCUGACGGCCGCCGUGGUGGCGCUGGUGUGGCUGGCGUCCGCCGCGCUGGGCCUGGCCACCGUGUUCGGCUGGUCGUCCCACGCCACCCGGGGGGGCGCCGUGAGCGCCGCCCGCUGCUCGCUGCGCUGGGGCCGCAGCGAGCACCAGCGGGUGUUCUCGCUGCUGUUCUGCGUGACCUGCUUCUGCCUGCCCGCCGUGGUCCUCUUCGCCGUGUACUGCAACGUGUACAAGGUGGCCCGCGUGGCCGCCCGGCAGCACGGCCCCCCGCCGCCGCCGCCCUCCUGGAUGACCGCCACGCAGGUGAAGAGCCGCGCCGACUCCAUCAGCAGCCAGACCACCAUCAUCACCACCACCGCGCGCGACGCCCCCCGCGGCGCUCCCAGGGCCCGGCCCUUUGGGGGCAGUAAGGCCGCUCUCACCCUGGUGGUCAUCGUGGGGCAGUUCCUGAUCUGCUGGCUGCCCUACUUUGCCUUUCAACUCCACCUGAGCCUGGAGGCCUCGUCCAGCAUCUCGAAAGACCUGGAGGACACGGUCACCUGGCUGGCCUACUCCUCCUUCGCGCUGAACCCCUUCUUCUACGGGCUGCUGAACCGGCAGAUCAGGGAGGAGCUGGACAAGCUGCGGCGCUGCUACUCGGCCCGGCCCACAGAGUUGUUCUCCUCGGGCCACGAGGCCGCCGGACACGAGAACUUCCUGCAGUUCCUCCACCGGACGAGCUGCACGGUGGACACGCGCGCCAGCUUCACCGCCUCGUCCAGCCCCAGGCCACCCCUGGACCAGACCCCGCAGCCCACCGUCAGGAUACCGGGGCAGAUCCCCGAGGAGCUGAGCUAG